ACCAGCAAGGCCGGAAUCACUGGUCUGGUCAAUACAGUCUACCGGUCUGUAACCUCCUUCCUUUCGCCAGAGGACCGCGGCCGGAUGAUCGCUCACGUGACUCGCCACGCCAAUAUCCAAUUCUGCAAGACCUUUUGGGGACUGGCAGAACAUCGACUCCUCACAGAAGCGCCAAACCUACUUUUGCCCAGCCUAGCAGUUGUACAUGCCUUCCAGCUCCCCCCAGUACCCUUGCGGCUGUCACUCUGUCGUGGCCGCAUCACUCAACGGCAAGGAGGUGAUCGCCUCGAGCAAAGCAGUGUCUCAUCAUACGACUCGGUGGUGUCAGUUAUGAUCCCCGAUAUCGACUUGUCUGUCGCCUCUGCUAUUUCUCUUGGCGAGUCAGCUGAUCGCCAAAGCUCUUGCCAUACUAAAGUUGUGAAGUCUCAGAGGCAGGCCAUACACCAUGGACAUCGGGUUUCCAUUACUGUUGGUCUCCAUUAG